UGCUACUCCUGAGGAGGUUUAAAGUCUUCCAGGUUCCCCUUCAGUUCUCACACCUGAAAACAGGAAGUCUACACCUCCCCAGGACGCAGCUCGUCAUUCAUUUCAAUGUGACCCGCGCUGUCCGCCAUAUCUUCACAAUAGGACUGCACGGAUACAUUUCUCCGAACCGGAGCGCACGCGCCCCGAACCGCGCCGCUGUGAGGAAGAAACCGUUUGAGCUCGCGCCGCAUCAGAAAGAUUGUGAACAUGGCGGAGGAUAUUAAGGCCAAACUUGAGCAAUACCGCACCGCUCCCUUUGACGCCCGAUUCCCGAACCAGAACCAGACAAGGAACUGCUGGUCCAACUAUCUUGAUUAUCACCGCUGUCAGAAAGCUCUGGAUGCUAAAGGAAUAGAUACCACCCCCUGUGAGUGGUACCGGAGGGUCUACAAGUCCCUGUGCCCCAUGGCUUGGGUGGAGAAAUGGGACGGGCAGAGAGACGAUGGGACCUUUCCAGGAAAGAUCUGAGGCGGUUUGCCUGCAAAGAAGUAAUGUUGUCAGCAGCUAAAAGUUUGGAAAAGCGAUGCCUUGUUGUUGCUUUUUCACCACUCACUCUCUGUCUGACGGGGGGAAAUGAAAAUGGUCAUUCCUUACAAAAAACCAUUAAAUAUUCUGCAAAAUCUGCAUUAAAAUGUCUCAGGAUA